GCAUGCUUCCGUGUUCGCUCGGAACUACAGUCAUAUAAAGUAUUAUAGAGCAAAUCUAUAUGCAUUAUCGUGAUCAGAACAGUGAUUGUAGAAUUAAAUCUAUAAGCAAUUUUAAGUAAAUAUUCUGUUAUUAAUCUGUCUUUUAAUUUCUAAAACUUGUUGAAUAAAAAAAUAUUUACAAAAUGCCAAAGGGAAAAACAAAGAAAUUCAUUGAUAAGAAAAAUUCAGUAACAUUUCAUUUAGUUCAUCGAUCACAAAGAGAUCCAUUAAUCGCCGAUGAAACAGCACCAGAACGUGUGCUUGUACCUGUUGGACAUGCACAAGCUUCUAAACUCGAGAAAAAAAAGAUAGAUGAUAAUAAGCGUAAAGAGGAGCAACGAAAAUAUGGGAUAUAUUUUGAUGAUGAUUAUGAUUAUUUGAAACAUCUUAAAGAUGUUAAUUCUUUGACAGCUGAAUGGGAACGCGUAGAUUGUACAACUUCAAAAUCAAAUGAUCAAACAAAUAUGCCAAAAAUUAGUUUGCCAUCCUCUGUAUUUGCUUCAAAUGUGGAAGAAAAAGUUGGUCUUUUAAAUAAAGCAGUUCCAGUUUCAGGCUUGCAAUUAGACUUAGAUCCAGAUAUAGUUGCUGCUAUGGAUGAUGAUUUCGACUAUGAUGAUCCAGAAAAUGAAUUGGAUGAUAAUUUUGUAGAAUUAGCUAAUGCAAUCAGUAGCGAUGAUGAAAUUUUACAAGAAGAAAGUGAUCAAGUAUCUGAUGUUUCAUCUGAGGGGCAUUUGGAAUUAUCCGACGAAGAACAAGAUGAAGUGUGUAGUUUAAAUAGAUCUCAAUACACCUUUAAAGAAGAAGAAACAAAAUCCCGUUUUACAGAAUAUUCAAUGAGCAGUAGCGUAAUAAGAAGGAACGAGCAACUUACUCUUCUUGAUGAUAAAUUCGAAAAAAUGUAUAUAACAUACGAUGAAGAUGAAAUUGGCGCUUUAGAUUGUGAUGAAAUUGAAGGACAUAUUGCACCAAACUCAGAUUUAGUUCUUCAGUGUGCAGCAGAAUUUGAAAAACAGCAAAACGAAGAUGCAGAUAAUGUUGGACAAUUGAUGAAAGAUAGAAUGAGAAUUUUGGAAAAGGAAUAUUCUAGCUCCGAGGAUGAAAAUCAUUUAGAAGAACUCAUAGUUAAUACAAGAGAAAAAGAUAAAUGGGAUUGUGAAAGUAUUAUUAGUACAUACAGUAAUAUUUACAAUCAUCCAAAGUUAAUUUCUGAACCCAAGUAUCCACAAAAGAUCAAAGUCAAUCCAAAAACAGGUAUACCAAAAAAUGUUUUAGACGGGUGUCUUGGAAAAUUGACUGCUAAAACAUUGGCUCAAUUUGAUCAGCAAAAUGAAAGUUGUAAACCAAAAUAUCCUCAGUCUAUUGCAGAAACUAUGAAAUCUACCUUAAGUACAUUAAGUAUAAGAUCUAAAAAUGAAACUACGGAAGAAAGAAAACGAAGAAAAAGGGCACUUAAAGAAUAUAGAAAAGAAAGGCGAAUAGAACGUAAGGCAAAUAGCGAAGCAUUUAAGGAGGAAAAGAAACGCCAAGAAAAAAUAUUAUUAAAUAACAGGCAAAAUAUUCAAGGAAAUAGAAUACUUUAACAUGUAAAUUUCCUGCUAUAUAUCUUUUUAAUAAAUUAAUUAAUUUUUCAACAUUUUA